CGCGACGACGGCUACUUUGCCUCGGUGCACGGCAGCGAGACCAAGGACGUGCUGGGCACCACCCACGUCAAGCUCGGCCAGCUGGACUCGUUCGACGGCGCCAGGGAGGCCCAGAAGGACUUUGCGCCGCCCGCCGCCUCGCCGCCCGCGGCCGACGCGGCGCUGCGCGUGCCCGCCGCGCCCCAUCGCGUGUCUGCCCCACCGGCCUUCAACAGCGACGGCGGCGCCACGACCGCCAUGCCGUCGCCGUCGCAGCAGCCCUACCGCCUGCAGCAGCGCCACACCCUCGAGGUCCCCAAGCUGUCCACGUCCCGCGCCCGGGAGUCGCAGAACAACACCGACGACGUCGUCACCGCCAGCGGGAGGUUCUCGCCCACAACGCCCUCCCGCCGCCGCGGCUCCAUGUCUCUUGUGCGCAGGGGCACCCGCUCCAUCAACUCGGACAUGCACCUGGACGAGGUGCCGCAGGACGAAGACGCGGCGCGGUGGGCCGAGCACAUUCGACAGAAGCGCGCCAGCAAGCGGAAACGAAGAGAGGACGAGGACGAAGACCGCGUCGUGGUCGGCACCAAGGUCGACCAGAACCACGUCAACUGGGUCACCGCGUAUAACAUGCUCACUGGCAUUCGUUUUACCGUGUCGAGGACCAACGCCAAAAUGGACCGCGACCUCACCGACGCCGACUUCGAUGCCAAGCACAAGUUCUCCUUUGACAUCACGGGCAACGAGCUGACGCCGUCGGCCAAGUACGACUUCAAGUUCAAGGACUACGCUCCCUGGGUCUUCCGUCACCUGCGUGGCAUCUUCAAGCUCGAUCCCGCCGACUACCUUGUAUCACUAACAAGCAAGUACAUCUUGUCUGAGCUCGGCUCACCGGGCAAGAGCGGCAGUUUCUUCUAUUUCUCCAGAGACUACAAGUACAUCAUCAAGACGAUCCACCACGCCGAGCACAAGUUCCUCAGGAAGAUCCUGAAGGACUACUACAACCACGUGCAAGAAAACCCGAACACUCUUCUUUCUCAAUUCUACGGCCUCCACCGCGUAAAGAUACCCUACGGACGCAAAAUCCACUUUGUCGUCAUGAACAACCUGUUUCCUCCGCAUCGAGAUAUCCACCGCACAUUCGAUCUCAAGGGAUCUACCAUUGGGCGCGACUUUAGGGAAGAAGACCUCGAGAAGAACCCCCGCGCAACGCUGAAGGAUCUCAAUUGGCUACGAAGGGACCUGCAUCUUGAGUUGGGGCCAACGAAGAAGGAUGCUUUCAUACAGCAAAUGCGCAAGGAUGUCAAACUGAUGCAAAAGCUCCACAUCAUGGAUUACUCCAUGCUCAUCGGCAUCCAUGACCUUGAGAGGGGCAACGAGGAGAACCUCCGCGAAAAGACACUGAAGGUCUUCCAGCCAGGCGGUGAGGCCGCCGAGGAACCUCAGCCUAAUCAGCUGAUGCGCACACCUUCGAAGCUGGAGACUGCACGCAAGGCCAGAGAGCUACGCCAGUCAGUCAAGACACAAAGACCAGUCCCUAUGGAACAGACGUCUGCGAGGAUGCCGGAUGAAUUAGAAGAUUCUAAGAAGAACUUCUUCUUCUACUCGGACGAUGGAGGCUUCCGGGCCACACACGAGGAUAACCGCGCGGGAGAGGAAAUCUACUACCUUGGCAUCAUUGAUUGUCUAACACAUUACUCUCUCAUCAAACGGAUGGAACACUUCUUCAAGGGUCUCGCAAACACAGAAUCACAGAUUUCCGCCAUUCCUCCGGAGCGAUAUGGAGAUCGCUUCAUCAAGUUCAUCACUGGCGUUACCAAGACCAAAGAGGCAGCUGAGCGCGAGAAGGCGGAGGCAGUCAAUCCCACUGCUGAAGCCAUUGCUGGCGUCUCGCGCAGCUCGACUGACCGUGUCAUGGAGAGGGCUGAACACCAAGCCGACAAGACCCAACGACACGGCGCUCCCGAGCAGCAUGUUCCCAACCUCCAGAUGCGUGCUGUUCGCAGCCCUUCGGCCGAGCGCGGCGAGAUUGGGACUACACUCCCCGUCGUUGAAGAAGCGGGCGAGGCCUCCAGCCUAGGCGGACGCAGCAACCGCUCGCACGAUGCCCCAACCCGCUCCCCACCUCCCCCACCGACCGAAGAGGCGCACACCACACCCCUACAACGACCUUUGGCACGGGACGUAGAGCAUGGCAGGCCACCUCCCACGCCACCCAAGGACUCGGCAGCCGGCAGCGAGGAGCGACCGCCCACACCACCAAAAGACGGACACUAUGCGCACCACCGGCACUCUGGGCCACCGACGCCGCCCAAGGAAGCCAAGGGGAGGAGCAGCGUGGAUAAGGAGCUACCGCGGACACCGCUGGAGACGACGAUCCGGAUCAACUAA